AAACACCCAUGCAAUUGUGAGAAAUCACUUCCAUACACAAUAAUAAAUUUGGCAAGCAAAAAGAAAAAAAGAAUUAAAGUAAAAAAAAAAUAGUUUCGUAAAAAAGUCCGGAUAUAUAUUACUUCCUAUUGCGUGGGGGGAUAUAAUAUAAAAUAUUCAGACGGAAUUGUUUAUUUAUAUAAUUAGAAAAAACAAACUUAAACUGAUAAGUUUUUAGUUGGAUAUAUAAUAAAAGCCACAUGCAAUCUUUUUCAACUCUUGACAUAUCAGGUGACAAAACAUGCAGCUCCAAUUAGCUCUGCUUAUGGUACUGUUAUCUCUCGGUUGGUGCCACCCUCACUUUAAAGAACUUCUUGAGGAAGAAGAAGAAGACAUUCAUGAUACCAAGGAGGAGAACGUGGUUGACAAAAUUUUAGAAGUUAAUAAAGGAAAAGAAUCUAAACUAUUCGAAGGAGACAUACAUAUUGAAGAAUCUCCCGAAGAAAUUGUAACACCUUAUGGAGAAAUUCAGAGUAACUUACUUAAGCGUGGGUUAAGACGAUCACAGGAGUAUUUAUGGGUGGAUCGAACUAUUCCCUACGAAAUCACAGAAGCUGUUGUACACGGUAAAGAAGUUAUUUUAGCCGCUUUGAAAGAAAUUUCAGAUCAAUCUUGCCUAAAAUUCGUUGAACAUAAAAAACAAAGAAACUGGAUUCGUUUCGUCGAUGAGGGGUCAUGCUUUUCUGGUGUUGGUCGCACAUUUUGGAGAGAGGGUUCACAAAAGAUCAGUCUGGCACAGGCUUGCCUUCAGAAAGGUACCAUCAUGCAUGAAGUACUGCAUGCGUUAGGAUUUUGGCAUGAGCAGUCGAGACCAGAUAGAAAUAAAUACGUUGAAAUAUUUUGGGAGAACAUAGCAGAUGGUGAGGAUCAUAACUUUGCUAAGUAUUCCGCAGCUGAAACAAAUGAUUUCGAAAGUCCUUACGACGUUCAUUCAAUUAUGCACUACGGCAGAUACUCAUUUUCCAAAAAUGGCGAGCCAACUAUUGUUGCUAUCGGUCAGAAAGAGAAAACUUUAGGUCAGCGUGCUCGUUUAUCCAAUGAAGAUGCAACACAGUUGAAUCGGUUAUAUAAAUGUAAAGAUUACCAUAUGGGUAACAUCUACACGUCUUGGUCAGAUUGGUCACCAUGCGAUUCUGACAAUGGCUGUAAAAGCAGCAGACAGAGAUUUUGUUCAACUGACGAUAAAACAAAAUGCCCAAAUGUAGGCUUAUAUGGCGUGCAUACAGACUUUAAAGUGUGUUCUAAAGAAGAAUGCUACCGUCCAAUUGAUGGUCAUUGGAACAGGUGGUCAGCCUGGUCAAAAUGUGACAAAUCUUGUGGCCAGGGUACGAAGAAGCGAACACGAAUUUGUAAUGACCCAAGCCCUAAAAACGGUGGUAAACAAUGUAUUGGAUCUGCAGAAAUGACGACGGAAUGUUCAGUAGUCGCGUGUGGAUUAGGACCCGAUGCUUGUCAAUUUGAUGCACAGGGAAUGUGCUUUUGGAAAGACAUGUCAGCUCGCGAGUAUCGUUGGAGGAGAAUAAAGGGAAACACACCCAGCAAAAACACAGGACCAGAUGGAGAUCAUUCCACCGGAGAAGGUCAUUAUCUUUACACGGAGUCGUCUGCCCCAGCAGCUAUUGGUAUGAAAGCUAACUUGCUGAGUGGAGUAUUUCCAAAGACAACAGGACGCUGUCUUAUCUUUUCUUACAGCAUGCAUGGUGAAAAUAUUGGUUCGUUAAGAGCGUUCACUGUCAGCGAAGACACUGCUGAAGAAAAACAAAUAUGGGAAAAGAACGGUCCUCAGGGAUCAGGUUGGUUUGAUGCCAGUGUUCCCUUCCACUCUGAGCAUUCGUACAGGAUUAAAUUUCAAAGUGAAAGAGGAGAAAGUUUUCUUGGAGAUAUCGGACUGGAUGAUGUGCAAUUUCGAGAAGGAUCGUGCGCUGCGUUAUCACCAAUUACGAAAUAUAAAAUCAAGUUAGAAGAUAAAACUACACAAGCACCGCCUGCACCGAAGAGAGACCCACUAACAGAGAUAUGUGGCAUUCCAGUAAAGGCAUUGGGAUGUUUUGCGGAAAUAACUCAUCAGCCUGCGAUACCAAAUAUUCUCGAUAGCCACAGAGGCCAAGACGCCAUUGGGUAUCAUGGUGUGCAACUUUCGUGGACUAAGUAUAAAGAAUCGCUAAAUAGUUUGUUUUGUGAUUGCUUAAGUCGUGCCAAAUUACGUGGCUAUAAAUAUAUUGGAAUGCAAUAUUUUGGUGAAUGUUGGGGCGUGGGCACUACUCCACAAUAUAAUAAAUAUGGUAUCAGUACACUCUGCAUUGAUGGAAAAUUCAAGCCGUGUUACCAUACCAACGAUAAAGAAGUAUGUAUGGGGAAAGCGCAGACCAAUUAUGUAUACGAAUUGAUGUGAGGUGUGCUUGAACAAUAAAAAUAAUGUGCGAUCAAGUUAGUUGGAGCUUCAAACUUUCAGUUUAGUAAUUCAUGAUAAAUAAAUUUUUUUUUAAGUAUGCUUGAAUUUUAAUUUAAAAAAAAUGGAAUUAGUAUUUUUCAUUUGUUCUUACGUUGUAAAAUGAUGUAUACAAAUAUUAUGUGAAGUAAAUAUAAGUAAAAACUACCA